GUCUGGGUGGUCCACACAUGUAAGGAAAGCUGCCAUCCUCCCAGUGUGGAGGGCUGGUAUAUAAACUGCUGCUGGAGCUUGCUCCUGUUACUCUGGGCCUGGAGGGGCUUGCUAAAGGAUCAAGGAUGAAGCUCUUUUUUCUAACUGCCUUUGCACUGUUUGUGCUCUCCGCCUUUGACAAGGCUGACUCCUCAGCUUAUGAUAAGAUAGUGGCCCACAGUCGCAUCAGGGCAAGAAAAGAAGGACCCAAUGUCUGUGCACUCCAGCAAGUCAUGGGGACCAAGAAGAAGUACUUCAGCACUUGUCGCAAUUGGUACCAGGGGGCCAUCUGUGGAAAGAAAGCGACCGUGCUGUACGAGUGCUGCCCUGGCUACAUGAAGCUGGAUGGCAUGCGCGGUUGUCCUGCAGUUGCCCCGAUUGACCAUGUGUAUGGUAGCUUGGGAGUCGUGAAGGCCACUUCAACUCAAAACUAUGCCGACAUUUCCAAGCUCAGACCUGAGAUUGAGGGACCCGGAUCCUUCACUUUCUUUGCCCCCAGCAAUGAGGCCUGGGAACUGUUGGAUGAGGAAGUGAGGAGCGCGCUGGUCAGCAACGUCAACAUUGAGCUGUACAACGCCCUUCAUUAUCACAUGGUCAACAAACGUCUCCUGACCAAAGAUCUGAGGAAUGGAUUGACCGUCACUUCCAUGUACAACGACCUUGACCUCCUGAUCAACCACUACCCCAACGGGGUGGUGACUGUGAACUGCGCCAGGAUCAUCUACGGCAACCAGGUUGCUACUAACGGAGUUGUGCAUGUUAUUGACCGCGUCAUCAGCGCCGCUGGAACCACCAUCCAAGAUACCGUUGAGAUGAACGACGAGCUGACAACUCUCCUGGACAUCGUCCAAAACGCUGGACUGCUGGAGAAACUGGGUCAGCCAGGACAUUACACACUCUUUGCCCCAACCAACGACGCCUUCGACAAGCUCGGCAGCGAUGUUUUGGAAAGACUUCUGAGCGACAAGGAAGUUCUCCAAGCUCUUGUGAAGUACCACCUCCUGGACUCGGUCCAGUGCUCCGAGGCCAUCAUGUCUGGCAGCUCUUACCAGACCCUGGAGGGCAACAACAUUGAAAUCGGCUGCGAUGGCGAUAGUUUGACAGUUAAUGGCAUCAAGAUGGUGCGCACCAAGGACAUUGUUACCACGAAUGGAGUCAUCCACCUUAUUGACGAGGUGCUCAUGCCGGACUCAGCCAAGCAGGUGAUGGAGCUGUUGGGACCGUCCCAGUCCACCUUCGGAGACAUGGUGUCCGAACUCGGUAUAUCUACAGAAAUGAGAGGAGACGCUGAUUACACUCUGUUGGCUCCCCUCAACGUAGCCUUCAAUGACGAAGUGAUGUCCAUGGAUCAGAGGUUAUUCAAGAUAAUCCUGGAGAGCCACAUCUUGAAGAAUAAGUUUGGUCUGGGACAACUGUACAACGGCCAGCGUCUGGAGACCAUUGCAGGGAAGUUUCUGAGGGUCUUCAUCUAUCGCACGGCUGUGUGCAUUGAGAAUUCCUGCCUCAUAAGAGGCAGCAAGGAAGGAAGCAAUGGGGCCCUGCAUCUCAUGAGGACCUUUUUGAAACCAGCAGAAAAAACCAUGUUUGAGAUUCUGACCGAAAACGGAGGGUUCAAGAUCUUUUUGUCCCUGAUGGAAACUGCCGGCCUGACUGACGUGCUCCGGCAGGAGGGAGACUUCACUCUGUUCGCCCCGACCGAUAAGGCCUUCGCCGGGCUGAGCGACAGCGACUUCGACCUGCUGAAGAGUGACAUCAAUGCUCUCAGAACCAUCCUGCUGUACCACAUCAAUAACGGCAUCUUCAUCGGUGGAGGUCUGGAAAGUGGCGUGACCAACCUCCUCAAGUCUCUGCAGGGCAGCAACCUCAGAGUGAUGUUUGCAAAUGACACAAUGCGAGUGAAUUCGGUCCAAGUCCCCGAGUCUGAUAUCAUGGCCACAAACGGAGUCGUGCACUUUGUGAACCAGGUUCUGUAUCCUGCAGAUAUCCCUGUUGGAAGCCAGGAACUGCUCUCGCUGCUGAGGAGAUUCAUCACAUACAUGCAGAUCAAGUACAUUUCAGGAUUCAGAUACCAGGAAAUCCCUCUCACGUUUCUGAAGACCGUUGUGACUCGUGUCAUCCAGGAAGUUCCUGAUGUGACCAAAGUGACAAGGGUUAUUCAGUCAGAGCCCACCAUCACCAAGGUCACCAGGGUCAUCGAGGCCGAACCCACCAUCACCAAAGUCACCAGGGUCGUUGAAAGUAACCCUACAAUCACCAAAGUCACCAGGGUUGUCUCAAGCCCUCAGUACUCAGUGAGCAGUGGAACCACCAACGUUGAAAUGGAAGGAGUCAGCUAUUCAGAAUUUUCAACCAUCCAAGGAGGAGCCGAUAUGGACCCCGAGAAACUCGCCAAAAUGAUCCAGCAAGGCAGCACGAGAGGAACUUCCCGGCGGGUUGUAGGUAAAAAAGAGAGCCAUUUAGACAGUCUGAGUAAAGAUCCUGCUUUUUCCCCAGUAAAAGCUGGACAGCCUCUGGGCUGCUUGAGGCUGUCGGUUUGAGUCUGCUGCUGCAAUAAUGUGACGUUCUUAUCUGGCUGGAAUGUAUGUCUCAAGACAUCCCUUCAGUCAAGGGCGUAUUUUAAAACUUGAGGUGAUUGUUUGACAUUUUGGGAAUUUUGCUCCAAACAUUUACUUACCUGCUGAGUGUGCAGGCCUGAACGACAAGAUACGUGUGCAUCAAAGGUUAAAUGCCACCACAAAAUGCUGUCAGGAUUUAUAAAAUAUAAAUAAACAUUCUCCAGGUUUGCUGUUAGAGAGGAUGUUAACCUCUAUUUUUAAUCUCAGGUCUCUCAGACUUUAACGAUGGCCAAUGGCAUGAUAAUUUGUACAAUUCUGAAUUUAAUAAAACCAAAAAUGUAAUCAUUUUAGCCAUUGUCACUGCUGAAAAGCAAAUAACCUCACAAAUAGUGCAAUGAAAUACAUCCAUGAAUGAGAGAGUGUCAUAGAUUAUUUAUCCCCAAUGGCAGAAAAUGACAAUUUUCCCAUCCGAUAUUCCAGCUUUUGAAAAGUAAACUGCACAAAACCUGUUAUGAAAAAAAGCUUGCAAUUCCAAUGAAUGCAGCUUCACUUAUGGAUUAUUAUAUUAUUUGCAAUUCCUAUUUUUUUAUUCUACUUCAGUAAUGUAAUAAAUUACAUUAUUGGCAAAAUGAGUAAGUUAUUUCGGACUUUAAUGCAUCGAAAACGGUCAAAGCUGUUCUUUUAGUGGCAGGUUAUGUUACUGUCUGUUACACAUCGCCUCCAUGUCGUCUCAUCAAACUCUCCGCAAGAAGACACACUCACGCAUUCCCAAAUGUCAACCGAUCCCAUCAGCUGCUUAGUCGUUUGCUGCCUCGCUUGCCUCCAUAAUCCUGACCUGAAAGCUAUGCUGACGCUCGAUGCCGACGUUGCUGCAGCUUCUGCUGUUGGUGUAGCGGUGUUAUUGAGGCCCUCCGUGGCCACAACGCUCCCCUGAGUCUGAGCCAAGAGGGACGAUCAUAUCGUCUCUCUCUGCCGUGCUGAGCUUGGCAUUUCCAUGUGGUGAAGCAUACAAGCCAAGCAUCACACAGCAUAUAUGUAUUUACGUUGAGAUUAUAAUUUAUUCCAUGUGACUGACGUAUUCGUUCUGUUUGUCUUCCUUUCUCUUUUUUUUUGCCAGCUGGCAGCAGGAGAAGAAUAACACAGUGAAAAUGGACGGACGAUUUCCCCCGUAUCAAGUCAGAGAGAGACUCAAACACGGACCUUUAAAGUUACAUUUCAAUGCAGGGAUUAAAAAAAGCUGUUGUGUUUUUUUUUAAACGAUACUGUAAAAGGUACGCCCUCCAAAACGAUUCACUUAAAUAACUGAACGGUGCUUCGAGUGUACAUAUAUAUGGAUACUUUCAUUUCGGGCUGUGUAAACAGUUGAAAAGGAACAUUUUGGCAUAACUUUAAAGACGCAGCCACUCAGGUCAGCAUUAAGAUCAUGAAAAUCCAAGCCAUUACAUGAGCAGUAAAAAACAUUUCUCAACUUCUUUACGGCUUUGCCAGAGGUGAAGGUUUACGCAGGGAGAUUUUACAAGCUGUUUGGGAGCAUUUCUAAAUCUCAGCAUGAAAAGAUGGAGAAAAAAAAAAAAGAUGUUUUCUCAUUUUUGACUGUUAUUUUAUUUUGUUUUAUGGCUGUGAGUUGUUUGACUUUCAUGUAAAUUUCGUCUAUGCAUGUACUAUUUGGAGUGAUGUAUCCAAGUGCAGACGCUCUCCUUUCUACUUUCCAAUAAAGUGCUUUCAUUGAGAAAAAAAUCCCAAGUUUGAAAAUCUGACCAGCUUGUGGUUUGGAGUCACUUCUAUGUCCUUGUGAGGGAUCUUCAGUGGGAAAUACUGCUUCUGAAAACAUUAAAUGUAAGACCUAAAUAUUAUGUCUGCAUUUUGUAUUUUCAAGUAAAAGGUGUUUAAAUUAAACACUGAAAUUUGUGA